AAAAAAAAAAAAACAAAGAGAAAAACGGGAAAUACCUCCUAGUUCUACAACAGAAAUGCUGAGCAGAAAACUAUUACAACAUGGCUGACUCUUUCUGCCCAGAUUGCAAGCGUCCGACAGAGGUUGUGUUCGACCACUCAGCGGGAGACACUGUCUGCUCCGAGUGUGGUCUUGUUCUUGAGGCUCAUUCCAUAGACGAGACCUCUGAGUGGCGAACCUUUGCCAAUGAGUCAGGGGACAAUGACCCUGUUCGUGUUGGCGGUCCUUCCAAUCCUCUCUUGGCUGAUGGUGGCCUUUCUACAGUCAUUUCCAAGCCUAAUGGCUCCUCUGGUGACUUGUUGAAUUCCUCUUUGGGUCGCUGGCAAAACCGUGGGGCUAACCCUGAUCGUUCCCUUAUCCAAGCGUUUAAGACCAUUGCCACUAUGUCUGAUAGGUUGGGCCUUGUUGCAACCAUAAAGGAUCGAGCCAACGAAAUAUAUAAGAAAGUUGAAGAUCAGAAACCUCUUAGAGGGCGAAAUCAGGAUGCGAUUUUAGCUGCUUGCCUCUAUAUUGCUUGUAGGCAAGAAGACAAACCCCGCACUGUGAAAGAAAUAUGCUCUGUUGCCAAUGGAGCCACAAAGAAAGAAAUUGGUCGUGCAAAAGAGUAUAUCGUGAAGCAAUUGGAGGUGGAGAUGGGCCAAUCCAUGGAAAUGGGAACAAUACAUGCCGGGGACUUUCUGAGACGUUUCUGUUCCCAUCUUGGUAUGAGUCAUCAAGCAGUUAAGGCUGCUCAAGAAGCUGUGCAAAAAUCUGAAGAGCUGGAUAUAAGAAGAAGCCCUAUAUCAAUUGCAGCUGCUGUUAUUUACAUAAUAACCCAGCUCUCGGAUGAUAAGAAGCUUCUCAAAGAUAUAUCCCUAGCAACAGGAGUGGCUGAAGGGACAAUCAGAAAUUCCUACAAGGACCUCCAUCCCCAUGCUUCAAAGCUCGUACCAAGUUGGUACGCCAAAGUGGAAGACCUCAAGAACCUUUGCAGUCCUUAAAUGACAACAGUAACCCUUUUUGGUAACUGCUUUUGUUUUCUUUGGACAGGCAAAGUCACAACUCUCACUCUGAUCAAUCCAUUUUACCUCUCAACUUGUAUCUGAGUUGUUUGGUCUUUACUUUUUUUAGUCAAAACAAGAUCCCUCGUAGAAAUGUAUAAGUAGUCAGGUUUUUUCAAGCAUCAUGGUGCAAUUAGCAGAUGGACAAAUUUUUUUAAGGCACGCAAGAGAGUCAAGUCUAAAACACUUAUUCAGGUAGAGAGAACCCUUUUUUUUAUCCAUUUCUUGAAAUUGAAUUGUAGUUAAAUGACAUUGAAACUUACAGCUGGGUUGCUAUGGUGCAAUUAUGCAUUCAGAGUGUUCCUACCUUGUAUUUAUGGGGGAAGGGCUAGGGUUUAAGUAGAAACCAGUGUUCAAUUCAAUUAACGAUCAGAUUAGACCUCGAAAGAGGUUUGCCGGAUAUUUUCAGCUGCGGCAAAAUUAGAAGAAAGCAAGACUAUGGAUGUUGUUCUUAUGCUAUGAGAGUGGAGACGCAGGUGAGAAAAGAGCACAAAAUACAUACAUGCCUCAAUUCAGCAGUACAGAAAACACUUGUAAUUUCAUUUCAUCAAAAGUAUUCUUAAUAUAAAGAUCAAAUAAUAUUUAUAAAGAUUGCCAGAUACUUC